AUGGCCAAUGUUACCUUGGUAACAGAAUUUCUUCUUGUGGGUUUUUCUGAUGUCUGCAAGCUGCAGACUGUGUAUGGCAUGCUCUUCCUGGUGAUUUACCUGGCAGCCCUAAUGAGUAACCUUCUCAUUAUCACUCUCAUUACUCUAGACCUGCAGCUGCAAACACCCAUGUACUUUUUCCUGAAGAACUUGUCUUUGCUGGAUAUCUUUCUUGUGUCUGUCCCAAUCCCAAAGUACAUUGUCAACAGCCUAACUCACAACAAUUCCAUUUCCAUCCUAGGGUGUGCCUUCCAGCUACUUUUAAUGACUUCCUUCUCAGCAGGUGAGAUAUUUGUCCUCACUGCCAUGUCAUAUGUCCGCUAUGUAGCCAUCUGCUGCCCCCUGCAGUAUGAGGUCAUCAUGAAUAGGGAGGCCUGUGCGUUUAUGGCAAGUGUUUCCUGGGCUGUUGGAGGACUCUUUGGAACUGUGUACACAGCUGGCACAUUUUCCAUGCCUUUUUGUGGCUCCAGUGUAAUCCCACAGUUUUUCUGUGACAUUCCUUCAUUAUUAAGGAUUUCCUGCUCUGAAACACUCAUAAUAAUUUAUACAAGUAUUGGAGUUGGUACGUGUUUAGGCAUGUCUUGUUUCAUCUGUAUUGUGAUCUCGUACAUUUAUAUUUUUUCCACUGUGAUGAAGAUUCCUACCACUAAAGGUCAGUCAAAAGCUUUCUCCACAUGCCUCCCCCAUCUCAUUGUUUUCACUGUUUUUGUCAUAACAGCCUAUUUUGUUUAUCUCAAGCCACCUUCAAAUACACCAUCUGUGAUUGACAGGCUACUGUCUGUGAUCUACACUGUGAUACCUCCAGUACUUAAUCCUGUAAUCUACAGCCUGAGGAACAAUGACAUGAAACGGGCUCUGAUGAGGUUCCUGAAAAAAACAGAUGGUCAAGAGGCGCUCUUCAUUUAA